CAAUUUCAGGCCCCGGGGAACCCACAUUUGACUGAGUUUCUUUGUUACUGUUACAUUAUCCAUUUACGGAAAUAAAGAGAAGUUACACCUACAUUUUCCUUUAUCUGUUUUACAACGUUAACCCCAUAAAAUUGUAACCAAACUGUACCACUCCCAAUUCCCCCAACAGCCAAAUUUUUGAAGUGCAGAAGAAACUUGGUAUCAAAGUUUUGACAGAGUCAACAAGCUUACAACAUCACCAAAACUUUCAUUUUCCUCUUUUUUCCUGUCAAUUUAAAGUAACAGCAUCUCAUAAUGCCACUGCUUCUUCUUCUUCGUCUUCUUCUCUUCUUAAUAUCGCCCCAAUUCAAGUUCUAGAUUCAAAUCCCUUUUUCUGUGCUUGAGUUGUUUGUAGCGUUGAAAUGGGAAGAGCUCCUUGUUGUGACAAGACUAAAGUUAAGAGAGGACCAUGGUCUCUUGAAGAGGACAACAUACUCAAAGAUUAUGUCCACACUAAAGGCACUGGUGGCAACUGGAUUUCUUUGCCUCAGAAAGCAGGACUGAAUCGCUGUGGGAAGAGCUGUCGUCUCAGAUGGUUGAAUUAUCUUAGGCCAGACAUCAAACAUGGUGGCUUUACUGAAGAAGAAGAUCAUGUUAUUUUGAAACUUUACUCUCAACUUGGAAGCAGAUGGUCUGUCAUAGCUUCACAACUCCCUGGAAGAACAGACAAUGACAUAAAGAACUAUUGGAACACCAAAUUAAAGAGGAAGCUAUUGGCCCGAGGAGGAGCAAAAGUACCAAAAAUCCCAACUCCUACUUCCAUGGUUCCGAUUAACUUCAGCAAUCCGAACAGCUUCGCCCUCAACGCCAUGGAUUUCGGUCUGAAAACUUCAGUAUCUGCUUUUAACCAAGUCCAGGCAAAUUAUUAUGGGAAUUCAGCGUAUCCCCUCAAGCAUGCCUCUGAUACAUCAUUCUUGCCUAAUUCCCUGGAUGUGAUUCAGGGCUACCCUGAAGUUUCCCUUAAUUCUACUGAUUGGCUUUAUGAGUCACUGAUCGACAAUUUCCCACUUCCGGGCCUCACUGAUUUCCAAGAAAACGGUGGCCCCUUUGAUGGUUUCGUCUCCACAACAACUUCAUCAUCCCAGGAAAUUUCAGGGCUUUCACAUUCAUCCUCUCUUGCCGGAAGCUAUGGCAACUCUUGGAGUGCCAAUGGAAUUGGAGAACAGAUGGGGAUUUUCGUGAAAGUGGAGUCAGAAUCAUCAAACUAUUAACAUUAUCAUUGUCGAAAUUCACAAGAAGAAGAAGGGUCAGUCUCAGUCAUCAUCAUUCAUCAGAAUUCAGAACCGAAGAUCAUUAUGCAGCCAUUGUCUAGCUAGUCGUCUAGCCUGAUUAGUUUGAAGUUGACAAAUUAAAUUAAAGUUAUUAAAACAAGCAUAUGGGAAGAAAUGUCAAAAUUUCUAGGAUUAACUUAGUUAAUUAUUAAUCGUUUUCGUUUGCUUGUGUUGGUUGUUAACAAUUUAGCAUUGACUCGUGAACUUUUGAUUGUUAGAGUCUUUAGAGAUAUGAUUUAAUGACGUUGAAGUGCGUUUAGACUUUCUGCUUUUGAAUUCUGAUCAUUAGUAAUUGUUUUGUUCUUUGGUUGAUUUUUGG